AUGACGAGUCCCCUUUGCACCUUGUCCUUCGCCUGUGCCUUUGUCUCCUUGAAUCAGAGACAGUUUCCCUCCUCCAUCAGUCCCUGUCACCUUGGUCCUGUGGUGAAUGAAGCCCAAGGGCCUUGGGAGUCUGGCUUCAAGGCCUGCACCACGAGCCUUGACAAUUCGAGAUGGAAUUGUUCCCUGGAGAGUGGCGAAAGGGACACGGGGUUGGGGGGCUCCUGUCCCGCAGGCAACCAAUGCAUUCGAUGCAGGUUGAUAGUGGCUGCAGCUAAGCUGGUGCCCUGUCCCCAAGCUGUGAGGGUCGAAGGAGACCCCUGCUGCACCCACAGCAAAAUGCUCUACCACCAGGGGUCCUGGGCCAUCCCUCAGAGGAGCACAGUUGUCCUGUAUCUGCUGCUGUCCAGUACCUGUCUGCCCCCCGCAUGGGGAAAGACCAAGAUUCCUGCGGAAACAGUGAAGCUCUGGGCUGACAUCUUCGGCAGACACCUGCAUAACACUGUCACCAAGUUCUCAGGCUCCCUCCUGCUGCAGAAGAAAUACAAGGAUGUGGAGGCCAGCCUGGGGAUCCAAGAAGUGGAUGGCUUGGAGCUGGUGAGAAAGUUCUCAGAAGACAUGGAGACCAUGCUGCUCAGGAAGGUGGAGGCCAUCAAGAGUCUGGUAGAGGCUGCUGAGGAGGCUGACCUGAAGCAUGAAUUCAAUGAAUCACUGGUGUUCGACUAUUACAACUCGGUGCUGAUCAACGAGAGAGACGAGAAGGGCAACUAUGUGGAGCUGGGGGCAGAGUUUGUCCUGGAGCCCAAUGCGCACUUCAGCAACCAGCUGGUGAACACCUCCAUGAGCAAUGUGCAACUGCCCACCAACGUGUACAACAAAGACCCAGAAGUUUUAAAUGGAGUCUACUGUCCUGAAGCCUUGAACCCUGUUUUUGUGGAGAACUUCCAGAGAGACCCAACACUGACAUGGCAAUAUUUUGGCAGCUCAACUGGAUUCUUCAGGAUCUAUCCUGGCAUCAAAUGGACGCCGGAUGAGAAUGGAGUCAUUGCCUUCGACUGCAGAAAUCGUGGCUGGUACAUUCAGGCCGCAACCUCCCCCAAGGACAUCGUGAUUCUGGUGGACACGAGUGGCAGCAUGAAGGGACUGCGGAUCGCUAUCGCCAAGCACACCAUCACCACCAUCCUGGACACCCUGGGAGAGAAUGACUUUGUUAACAUCAUCACGUACAACGACUACAUCCAUUACAUCGAGCCUUGCUUCAAAGGCAUCCUUGUGCAGGCCGAUCGGGACAACCGGGAGCAUUUCAAACAGCUGGUGCAGGGGCUGGUGGUGAAAGGCGUGGGCAUCGUGAGCCAUGCCCUGAGUGAGGCCUUCAAGAUCCUGAAGCAGUUCCAGGAGGAGCGGCAAGGGAGCCUCUGCAACCAGGCCGUGAUGGUGAUCACUGAUGGUGCCGUGGAGGACUACGAGCAAGUGCUAGAGGAAUGCAACUGGCCCGACCGCAAGGUUCGAGUUUUCACCUACCUUAUCGGGAAAGAAGUGACUUUUGCUGACCGCAUGAAGUGGAUUGCCUGCAACAACAAAGGCUACUACACACAGAUCCCCACACUGGCUGAUGCCCAGGAGAGCGUGAUGGAGUACCUGCACGUGCUCAGCCGUCCCAUGGUCAUCAACCAUGACCACGACAUCAUCUGGACUGAAGCCUACAUGGACAGCAGGCUCUCCACCUCGCAGGCACAGAGUCCAAUGCUCCUCACCACGGUGUCCAUGCCUGUCUUCAGCAAAAAGAACGAGACGCGAUCCCACGGCAUUCUACUAGGUGUGGUGGGCUCUGACGUGGCCCUGAGAGAGCUGAUGAAGCUGGCACCCCGCUACAAGCUGGGAGUGCAUGGCUAUGCCUUUCUGAACACUAACAAUGGCUACAUCCUCUCACAUCCUGACCUCCGACCCCUGUACAGGGAGGGGAAGAAACUGAUUCCCAAACCCAACUACAACAGCGUGGAUCUCUCAGAAGUGGAGUGGGAAGACCGAGGUGAAAUUCUGAGAACUGCCAUGAUCAAUGGGGAGACAGGUUCUCUCUCUCUGGAUGUGAAGGUUCCACUGGACAAAGGGAAGAGAGUGCUUUUCCUCACCAAUGACUACUUCUUCACAGACAUCAGCAACACACCUUUCAGUUUGGGAGUGGUGUUGUCCCAGGGCCAUGGAGAAUACAUCCUUCUGGGAAACACGUCUGUGGAAGAAGGCCUCCAUGACUUGCUUCACCCGGACCUCACUCUGGCCCAGGACUGGAUCUACUGCGUCACAGAUAUCGACCCAGAGCACCGGAAACUCAGUCAGCUGGAGGCCCUGGUGCGCUUCCUGAAGAGGCAGGACCCAGACCUGCAGUGCGACGAGGAGCUACUGAGGGAGGUUCUGUUCGAUGCAGUGGUGACGGCUCCCAUGGAGGCAUAUUGGACGGCGCUGGCGCUCAACGUCUCUGAUGAGUCCCAGCAGAUGGUGGACAUGGCCUUCCUGGGCACCAGGGCCGGCCUUCUGAGACACACCCUGUUCAAGGGCUCUGAGAAAGUCUCCAACAAGAAGUUCCUGUCCCUUGAAGAUGAAGACAACGUGUUCACCUUGGACCACUUCCCUCUGUGGUACCGCCGGGCUGCCCAGCAGCCUCCUGGGAGCUUCGUCUUCGCUCUCCACUUCGCAGAGAGACCAGAAAGUUCGGGUGAACCAGUGGCAGUGGUGGCGAGCACGGCCGUGACGGUGACUGUGGAUGAGAAGACAGCCCUUGCUGCAGCGGUGGGUGUCCAGAUGAAACUGGGAUUCCUGCGGCACAUGUUUUGGUCAGCAACACAACAGUGUGAACCAGCCAAUGGACCAUGCCCAGAGAGCUGCGAGGACAGUGACCUGGAUUGCUUCAUCAUCGACAACAAUGGAUUCAUUCUCAUCUCUGAAAGGCCCCAGGAGAUGGGAAGAUUUCUGGGGGAGGUGGAUGGUGCACUCAUGACCCAGCUGCUCAGCAUGGGAGUUUUCAGCCAGGUGACCAUGUAUGAUUACCAGGCCAUGUGCCGGCCCUGGAGCCCUCACAACAGUGCUGCCCGACCACUGGUCAGUAUGCUGUCUGCCCUCCUGAGUGCUGCAAAGUGGCUGCUGACUGAGCUCGUGCUGUCUGUGCUGGAGGGGAGCUCCUGGGGCUCGUGGUCCAUGGACUAUGGGGCUGAGGCCAGAACUGUCUUCCAUCACUCACACAAGCAGCAGAAGCAGAGCACCCUGCAGCCCUGUGACACCGAGUAUCCAGUGUUCGUGCACCAGACGGGCGUGCUGGAGACCCAAGGGGCCAUCGAGUGCGGGGCCUGCCAAAAGACCUUUGCGAUGCAUCAGAUCCCCAACAGUAAUCUCCUCCUCCUGGUGACGGACACCUCGUGUGAUUGCAGCGUCUUCCCUCCAGUCCUGCAGGAGGCUACAGAGGUCAAAUAUAAUGCCUCUGUCAAGUGUGACAGGAUGCGUUCCCAGAAGCCCCGACGGCGGCCAGAUUCCUGCCAUGCUUUUCAUCCAGAGGAAAAUGCGCAGGACUGUGGGGGCGCCUCAAUCACGUCAGCUUCCCUUCCUCUACUCCUGGGGUCGCUGUGUGCCGGGGUGUGGCUGCCCCCACUUCUGCAGUGACAUCCAGCCAGUGUCAACCUCAGCUCUCGGAGACGGUGCCCUCCCAGGAACACUCCACAAUCAGCCACUGACUGGGAUC